GAGGAAAAAAUAGAAAAAAUAAAAUACGAGAGACACGAAUAAAAAGAAGUAACUGCUGGAAGAAAGGAGAAAAGAAGAAAGAAAAAGGAAGAAAUAAAGAGCAAACAAGGAAGGAAAAAUGAAAAUAGGUACUGGAAUGAAAGAAAGGAACGCGAGGAGGAGCCGAGGAGAGCGGAGCAGCCCGGUUUCGCCGGCUUGGACAAUGUCAGGAAGCAUGAGAGGCGUUGGAGAAGCGCACGGUGUCGCUGCAGGCUCAGAAACGGCGUGUCGGCGGCUCCGCCCCGGUGCGAGCGGGGAAGAGCCCCGCUGUGAGCGCGGGCGGGGCGGUGCGGGCCGAGCAGGAGAGCCGGUGGAUCCGGGCAGCGGUGGGGAGCCGUGCGGGCCCGGGCCGGUGCCAGAUGCGGCAGAGGUGAUGGAGAUGGGCAUGUGUCGUGGUUCCUUGCUGCGGGUGCUGGUGCUGCAGUUGUCUUGGGUGCUGAUCGGCGGGCAGGUGCGGUACUCGGUGCCGGAGGAAGCCAAGGCCGGCACGGUGGUGGGCCGGCUGGCGCAGGACCUGGGCCUGGAGGCGGGCGAGCCGGAGGCGCGGCGGCUGCGGCUGGUGUCGCAGGGCCGGCGGGCGAGCGUGGAGGUGAGCGGGGCGAGCGGGGCGCUGGUGGUGAGCUCGCGGCUGGACCGGGAGGAGCUGUGCGGGAAGAGCGCGCCGUGCUCCCUGCGGCUGGAGGUGCUGGUGGAGCGGCCGCUGCGCGUCUUCCAUGUGGAGCUGGAGGUCACCGACAUCAAUGACAACGCCCCGGUCUUCCGUGUGAAUGAAGAAGCUUUUACAAUCGCGGAAUAUACCACGCUGCCGGGGUCUCGUUUCCCGCUGGAGGGCGCGUCGGAUGCAGAUGUCGGAGCGAACGCUCAGCUCUCGUAUAGCCUCAGCCCGAACGAACACUUCUCACUUGAUCAUUACGGAAAUAAUGAGCAGAGCUCGUCUUUGACUCUUGUUUUAACGAAACCUCUGGACCGCGAGACAAUGCCGAUUCAUCAUCUGGUGCUGACGGCGACGGAUGGGGGCCGUCCGCCACUGACGGGCACUGUGAAGCUGGUGAUCUCAGUGCUGGAUGUGAACGACAAUGCGCCCCAGUUCAACCAGUCUGUAUAUAAAGUGAAGGUCUUGGAGGGUUCAGAGAUAGGGACUCAGUUAAUCACGCUCAAUGCCACGGAUUUGGACGAAGGAGUAAAUAGUGAAGUUAUAUAUUUAUUUAGUAGGCACGCAUCCGCGGAAGUUAAAGAAAUGUUUAGUAUUGAUGAAAACAAAGGAGAAAUCAGGCUUCGGAGAAAUUUAGACUACGAAGAAAUGGAUAAUUACGAGAUCCAGGUCGAAGCACGAGACAAAGGUUCUCCACCAUUGUCGAAUCACUGCAAAGUAGUGGUGGAGGUGCUGGACGUGAACGACAACGCACCGGAGGUGUGGGUGACGUCGCUGUCGGUGCCGGUGCCGGAGGAUGCGGCAGUGGGGACGGUGGUGGCUCUGCUGAGCGUGUCGGAUCAGGACUCGGGGGCGAACGGUCGAGUGCGCUGCACAGUGUGGCCGUCGGCGCCGUUCGGUCUGGUGUCGACGUUCGCGGGCUCGUACUCGCUGGUGCUGCGGGAGGCGCUGGACCGGGAGCGGGUGUCUGAGUACGAGGUGGAGGUGCGGGCGGAGGACGGCGGGGCGCCGCCGCUGCGCGCCAGCCGGGGUCUGCGGGUGCCGGUGUCGGACGUGAACGACAACGCGCCGAUGUUCGCGCAGGCCGUGUACACGGUGCUGGCGCGGGAGAACAACGCGGCGGGCGCGGAGCUGGCGCGGCUGUGGGCGCGGGACCCGGACGAGGCGGGCAACGGGCGCGUGAGCUACUCGGUGGCGGAGAGCGGCGGCGGAGCCGCGGUGUCUGGGGGCGGGUGGCGUCCGGCGUCGAGCUACGUGUCGGUGGACGCGGAGAGCGGGCGGCUGUGGGCGCUGCAGCCGCUGGACUACGAGGAGCUGCAGGUGCUGCAGUUCGAGGUGCGGGCGGUGGACGCGGGGGAGCCGGCGCUGUGCGGCAACGCCACGGUGCAGCUCUUCGUGCUGGACGAGAACGACAACGCGCCGGUGCUGCUGCCGCCUGCCGGGGGCGGGCCUGGAGCCGGGUCCGCGGUCUCGGCGGCGUCGGGUGCCGACUCUGGGGCGCUGUGGGCGUGGGCGAUGUGGGGGGCGCCGGCGGGGCAGGUGGUGGCGAAGAUCCGGGCGGUGGACGCGGACUCGGGCUACAACGCAUGGCUGCGCUACGAGCUGUGGGAGCCGCGGGGCAAGGGCCCGUUCCGCGUGGGGCUUUACAGCGGCGAGGUGAGCACGGCGCGGGCGCUGGAGGAGGCGGACGGCCCGCGGCAGCGCCUGGUCAUCGUGGUGCGGGACCACGGCGAGCCGGCGCGCUCGGCCACUGCCACCCUGAGCGUGUCGCUGGUGGAGGGCUCCGAGGCGGUGCUGGCUGCCUCAGGCUCGGGUUCGUCGAGAGCGGCGCUGGCGGCCGAGGAGAGCGGUGCCGCAUCGGCGACGACGACCACUAACGUGUGGCUAGUGGUGGCCAUCUGCGUGGUGUCGAGCCUUUUUCUCCUGGCGGUGGUGCUGUACGGGGCGGCGCGGUGGUCGCCGCGGUCGGCCGUGCUGUCGGGUCCCGGUCCUGCUACUCUGGUGUGCGCCAGCGAAGUGGGGAGCUGGUCGUACUCGCAGCGCCAGAGCCGGAGCCUGUGCGUGGCGGAUGGGGCAGGCAAGAGCGACCUGAUGGUUUUCAGCCCCAACUUUCCUCCGCCGUUCGGGUCCACAGCGAAGGAGACGCAUCCAGAGGUGCCUGCUCUGCUGCAGACGCCAAAACAUCCCAAUCCUGACUGGCGCUACUCUGCAUCCCUAAGGGCUGGAAUGCAAAGUGCUGUGCAUAUGGAGGAGGCAGGAAUCCUACGUGGUGGACCAGGAGGGCCUGAUCAACAGUGGCCAACAGUGUCCAGUGCUACUACAGAACCUGAGGCGGGAGAGGUGUCCCCCCCAGUGGGAGCUGGUGUGAACAGCAACAGCUGGACCUUUAAAUUUGGACCGGGCAAUCCCAAACAAAGUGGUCCUGGUGAGUUGCCAGACAAAUUCAUUAUCCCAGGAUCUCCUGCAAUCAUCUCCAUCCGGCAGGAGCCACCAAACAGCCAAAUUGACAAAAGUGACUUCAUAACCUUUGGCAAGAAGGAAGAGACCAAGAAAAAGAAGAAAAAGAAGAAGGGGAACAAGACUCAGGAGAAAAAAGAAAAGGGCAACAGCACCACUGAGAACAGUGACCAGUGAGGGGUUUAUACUGAAAGAAACCAUUUAGCCAGUUUUUGUAAUAAUGGCAGAUUUCUCCUAUGUAGCAACUCCCAACUUCUUCCUAUUGUUAACAAAUUUUCUGUAUGUACAGACUUGAGAAAAUCAGCAGGAAUUUCACAGUGUCUGUCUAAAUUGCUUAACAGGUUUUGUCUUAAAAGCUUUAUUAAGUCUGGUGUUAACUCUUUUUCUCCACUCUGGCUUGUUUUCAGAAUCUAAAAAGCAGACACAAGUUUCCUUUCUCCUACGCCGAAAAGGAGAAUCUUCACAGUACAGCCAGUGAGAGGUUGGACUCUGCACUGUGGUUCCUGUGCUCCUGUCUUGAUGACACUUACAGGACAGGUUUAAAAGUUUUAAUGUUGUGCACCCUCUACCUGAUUGGAAAUAUUUGUGUGCAGAUGUCAGAUAGAUUAUAUGAGAUCAGAUUAUAAAAUGCAAGAAGAGCUGGUAAAUAUGCAACAGAGGAAACACCUAAAGAACACAAAUGUUCAAAGAUGUUCAGGCUGGGGAGGAAAUGUCUGAAAGGAGAUGACCAGACUUUUCAUAUCUUGAAAAGUCACUGUGUGGAAAUACUGAGUUCUAUACAUGACGUAUUAUACACACCCCUGCAAAUAAAACCUCACAUUUACAGCUCUUUAAGAUACCAUAAGUUUUAUCUUCUACCUAGGAAGCCAUUGGGACAAUUGUCCCUUGAAGCCCUGCAUUAUCCUGGCAUGGCUAGCCCUCAGAGUGUAAGAAGAGCUGGGCUGACAUCCCAGGAAUGUAACUGACUGUGAUGCUCUAUGUCCCUAUUUCCACUCUAACAUGAUUUUGCACAUUAUGUCUCUGAAAAGGUCAGAGUUUUUCCACGACACUUAUGCAAAAGAGAGAAAAAAGAAAUGUUAACUAUGCUAUUUGUUAUUUGAGAUAUUUAUUUAUAAAGAAAUAUAGCUGUAAAUGUUGAAGAAAUAUGACGCCCUUUAACCCAAACAGAAGUCAGUCUAGAGCCAUUAUAAAUUACAAUUGCUGCUAUUAAAGUGCUUUAGAAAAAUUGCCUGAAACAUCUGUACUAUAUCGGCCACUUGCCAAUAACAGCUUUAUUCUGUCGGGUGACUUGGGGGCUGCCUCUUGCAUGUAUUAAUAAAUACAAGAAUAUCUUUUCUCUUUUUUUUUUAUUUUCUAUUGCAUUGAUCUGCACUUUGAAUACACCUUUGCAAACAAACUGUCCUCAUAUGAAGAAGCAGAAGCAAACUCCUCACACAAAUGGAUUUACUAACCUGCUAGCUUUGUGCAGUACCUUCGUGUUACCUCCUACACAACCUUUUCUGAUUUUAGUUUAACUUUUCUAUGAGAUUAUGAAUUUCUGACCCUAUUAACACUCAUUAUGUAAAAUUCAAGUACUGUAUGUAUGCUGUAUGCUCUUAUAAGAAUCCUGAAAUAUUUAUUCUGUGCUUGUGUAUGUGAAUGUCAAUGCAACUAUUAUUAGAGUGGACAUUAAGCUUUACCGUUGAAUGUAAAUUCAUUAUUUCUUUUUUGUACACUUGUGGAAAAGUGGAGUAGUGUUAAUUUUUUAAGCCACUGUUGAUUAUCAGUUUUUUGUGUAUGAAACACAAGUAAAAUAUCUUUCUUAAAUCAAGCUAUGCAUGCAUUUGAGGAUUUAUUGGUAGGAAUCUGUGAAGCUUGAACUCUGUGAAUUACUAAAUCUAAGGGUAUAAAUGGAGUGUUGAAUGUGCUUGAGGAUGUUGAUAUAAAACCAAUACAUGUAUUUUUAAAUAGCAUAUAGCUGAUAAGGGAAUUCCAAGGAGUUUUCUACAUUAUUGUACAUUCACAGAAUAAAGCUGAAGUGUCGUAUUAA